GCAACCGCACCGGCGCCCGCAGGCAACUACACCAACACCGACCCCACACUGCGCGUGUUCUUUAGCCUUGCUUGUCCCGCGACCAAUAGCGAUUGCCGCGCCCAUCGUGUGAACGAUUCACCUCGGCCGGCGGAUGCGAUUGCUUGAAGUGUAGCUGCAGUUGCUGUAGCCUUGCGCUCGGUCUGCGACCCGGAACCUCGCGAUGGCGACCCCGGCAGCCGACCCCAAGCUGGCGCCGCUCGCCGACGAGUUGAAAGAGUUCGCUCUGACGCUCGAGCGAGGUGUAUUCCCCAAGGGCUUCUUCUGCGCUCUCUGCGACCAGCUCGCCUUUGAUUCGUACAAGCUCUUAUGCUGCAACAAGGUCAUCUGCACCACAUGCCACUCGAAGCUCGAAUUCCCCACGACAUGCCCGUCAUGCGACCAUUCUCCGGUAGAAGCAGACUCUUGCCCCCCGAACAAGGCGCUACGAAACACUAUGCGUGUGUGGUUACAGAAGCAAAAGAAGAAGGAAGAGACGAAAGCAGCAGAGGCCAAGGCAGCGUCGGAGGCAGCGGCGACACCUGCGGUUGAACCUACGCCAGCACCGACCGAGGCGCAAGCUUCGGCGCAGGCUGCCGAAAACCCUGUAGAAAGCAUCGAGGAAGCGACCCGGACAGAGGAUGGUACCACAGAUGCGAGCGCGGCAGAACAGGCUGCCCAAGGCGAUGCUGGUUCGGCGGCACCACAGCAUGACGAAGGAUCCGCGACCGCUCCGGACGAGCCACAGCAAGAAGGGGGCCAGGAUGCAAAAGACGCAGAAGACGAGAACAAGAGUGCCGACUCUGGACAAGACCAGGAUAAUGCUCAGAAUGCGAAUGGACCCAACGGUCAAAUGUUCCCGACUGGCGGCAUGAUGAACGCGAAUGGGAUGCCUAACCAGAUGGGCUUCGGCUUCAACGGCCAAGGAAACUUUGGCAUGGGGAUGAACAUGCCCAACAUGAUGAACCCCGGAUGGAACAACAUGGGUAUGACUCCUAAUCCCCCAAGAAAUCGUGCACAUUUUAAUCGCCGGUCAGGCUAUGGCAUGAACAACAUGAACGGCAUGAAUGGCAUGUUCGGCUUCGGUGGAAACAUGGGCAUGGGGAUGAAUGAUAUGUCCAUGAACUACGGUGGCAAUUUUGGGAACGGAUGGAAUGGCAUGGGCGGCGGCGGCGGGUAUGGGUACAAUGGCUACAACCAUGCCGCUGGAUACAAUCAAUCUGGAGCCUACUCUGAGAUGAUGAACCAAUACCCCAAGAAUAACAUGAAUCGUUUCCAAGGCAAUGGCAUGGGGAACUUUCCCCAGCAGCAGAACCGGAGUGGAAGUUUCGGAGGUGGACAUGCAGGUGCUGGCAUGCAGCACAACAGCCGCCCAGGGAGUCAAGCCGGUCCGAACAAAGUACGUCGAUUUCCACAUCCGAGAUUGCCAAAGACCCCAAAGGCAUCUCACUCUCCUCUUAUAGAGUCCCAAAGGAGCAACGCAGCUGACAAUCCUGUGCUCCGACAGUCCGAAGGAGGCUCCCGUGCAGGAACUGCUGACCCAACCGAAGUCAAGGAUGUGCAGGCUUCUGCGUCCUCUGAACCCGGUCAAGAAGGUAAGGCAGAAACCGCUGCAGCUGAAGGAGACAGCACCGCAUAUCAAGCUACAGCUGAAGGCACCUCCGGGGAAGCGCAAGAUGUGAAAGACACGAACUCAGCAGGACCCGAGGCAGAACAGUCUUCCGGGCUCAACCAAAUUCAGACAGUUGAGUCUGUGGAGAUGGAUGAUCAAGGCUUCGACCCGAGUAUGAUGGGUGGCAACAUGCAGUAUCCUCCUCAAAUGAUGAAUUCGUUCAACUCGAAUCAAAUGAACUACAAUCAUCACAUGGGCAAUAUGGGGUACAACAACAAUUUUGGUCCUCGAGGUGGAUUCAAUAAUGCGUAUGGGGCGGCGACCGUCCUCACAGGUGAACCGCGCGGAGUUGGUGUGGCAGGCGCUCCUACGGGUCCCCGAGCUAUGCGUGAGGGCCGCCCUAAUACUGGCUUCUCAAGCCGAGCGAACAAUGUCCGAUUCAACCCAGCCCCGUCUGCCACUCCUGCCGCUGAGGCUCCGGCUGGAAGUCGCAGCCCUCCCCGCCGCGCUCGAUCGGACGAAAGCCUUCGUGUCAAAGACAGGUCGCCAUCACGCUCGCGCGGAGGAUCACAAGCUAGAGCUGCUGCCCAGGAUGAUGUCCGUGAUCGAUCGCAUUCGCCACGUGACGACCGACGGGAAGAUCGGAUAGGCUCGCGAACACCGCAGGCAGGACACGACGACGAUGAAGUUGAUCUUCGCAAAGAGAAACGCAAGCAUCGUUCAUCGCGUUAUGACGACUACGACGAGCGAGACGAUCGUGACGAUUAUGAUUCUCGAGGCUCGCGAGGUGAUAGGACUCGAAGUGCUUCCGCCGACUCCAAGUACCGCAGCCGUCGCGACAAGGACAAGUCACGUUCUUCCCGGUCGCACCGAGAUCGCAGCCGAGAGCACAAGCGUCGGCCUCGCUCGCGCUCGCGCUCACUCAUCGUUGGAGAUGACGAGGAGUACGUCAAGGAUGAGUCAAGCUCUCGCCGGAAGGACAGGAGUGACCGGGACAAGUAUCGGGAACGGUCACGAGACCGCGAUCGCAAGGACAGGAAGGAGCGGGAUUAUGAGCGGGAUCAUGAUGACGAGAAAUACCGAUCUCGUGACAAGGACAAGGAGAAGCGUCGUCGACGUGAUCGUGAGGUCGACGAGGACGAGCGCGACUACGUUGAGGAGAAGUACCAGUCGUCUCGCCGGAGCCGCAAAGACCGCGACCGAGAUCGGGAUCGCGACUACGAGAAGGAACCCCCGACCCGCGCAGUCUCCCCGCCUGUAAACGCGCCUACCGGGCCUUCGGCAGAUAACUUCUCCAUCCGCGGCGCAAGCAGGCCGAAGACCGCAAAGCCCAUGGCCCCUCCCCAACCGCCGACCGGCCCUCGCGCCUUCAUGCCGCCCAAGGGUCCAGCAGCAGACCGAGACCGCGACCGCCGACACAGCAGGAAAGGCAGCAUUAGCUCCUCCGUGCCGACCACACCCACAGAGGCCGCGCCGCAGGACCACUACGCUGCCGAGCGCGAGAAGAAUGCUCGCGCACGCGACAUGCUCGAGCGCAAUGCGCCGCCGGACCGCUCUGAGCGCCCCGAGGCGCGCUCCUUGCACUCCCGCAUCUCGUCGCACUCGCACCACUCCUCAUCCCGACCGUCGCUGUCGUCCAAGCGCUCGCGCGACGACUAUGACGACGAGGAGAGGGACAGGGAUGCCAGGAGCGGUGUCCCGACAGGCCCGGCGAGUCAUAGCAGCAAGAGGAGGAAGAGCGGGGACACGGGAGGUACGGAUCUGGCGAGUGUUUUGGCUAAGGGAUUGAGGAAGAAGGCGGGGGCGCCGAGGAGGGGUGGGGUGAAGACGGAGGGGGAGGCGGAGAGGGAUGCCGAGAGGGUGGAGAGGGAGAGGGAUGGGCGUCGCUGGUAA